GAAAUUGUUUACAUUACUGACACGACAAUAUAUUGCAAUUUUGCAUCAACCCCAUUAAAACUUUAAUAACUUUAAAUUAUUAAAUUCCAGGACUUAACCUGAUACUUCUUCAAUAAAAACUUCAAAAGCAUAAUUAUAAAUGUGUUUCUAAAUAGAAAUGUUAUCCAACGCCGAAAUUAGUACCACGGAGGAUAUCCAAUCAAUUUUGCAGAAAAUAGCAGAGGAAGAGGAUGAAAUCAAUUGCAAUUUGGAAAAUCUGUUGUCCAAGCAGUCACUAAUAGAAUCCAAAAUGAGUGCAAUUGGAUAUUUUCUUGGUGCUUUAAAUACAGUGGGUACUGAUACAAAAAAAUUGAGUAUGCAAAUUUCACAUACUGCGAAUUUAGCUGAGUCAGUAAGUGCUAAAGUACGUUGUGUAGAUUUGGCUCGGAGUCGCGCAUCUGAAUGUCAGCAACGUGUACACGAUUUGAUAGAUCUACAACUUUGUAGUCAAGGUGUUUUGAAAGCAAUUGAUGAAGAAGAUUAUGAAAAAGGAUCUGCACUGAUUGGACGCUUUUUAUCAAUCGACCAAAAUGUGCUACAGCGUACGGCUGGUGAUGUCGGCUCAAGUGGCUCAGUGACAUCUGUAAGCGAUGCUGUCCAUACACUAGAAAAUGCAACGGAGAAAAUGCGCAGACUUGUAAUGCUGCGUUUUGAUGAAGCUAUUAAUAAAGAUGACUUGGCAUCUGUGGAGCGCUUUUUGAAAUUAUUUCCGCUAUUGGGAAUACAUUAUGAUGGUAUCGAGAAAUUCGGUAAAUAUAUAUGUAUGAAAUUGGCUGUAAAAUCAGAGAAAGAAUUGCGUACUUCAUUGGAUAUAGCAAAGGCGGAGAACCGCUUGCCAGUUGCUUUUGCAGAUACUUUAACAACUUUACUAGAAAAUUUCGCACGAGUAAUUGAAGUGAAUAAACCCAUAAUAGAGACGUAUUAUGGGUCCGGAUAUCUAAUUACCUUAGCUAUAUUGCUACAAAAUGAAUGCGACUCCGAGGUGAAGAAUGUUGUCUUGGAGUUUAACAAAAAUAGGCGUAUACACGAUAUAAUUCAACAAAUCAACGACUACAAUCGCUCUGCGGGUGGCAAUAUGCCAUCUCUUAGUCCAUAUCAAAAGCCACCUAUUAACACAGAUAAACCGCAACCAAAAGAUAUUGACCCAAUUAUUGUAGAGCUUACAAUCAUGCAUUCCCGUGUGGAACUGUACUUCAGGUUUUUAAAGCGUAAAGUAAAGUCGGACAUUGACGCCAGUGAUGCAGAGGAAAUCGAGAAAGAACGUCAGACACAACGUUUAACGUCGCUCUUAAGCAAUUCAGAUCUUAGUCGUCAAAUGCAGGAACUACUAAGUACUUACCUGCUGCUCGAGAGGCAUUUUAUGGAAGAAAGUGUACAUAAAGCAAUAUCUUUAGACACUUUUGAAAUUGGUCAACAGUGCUCUUCUAUGGUGGAUGAUGUUUUCUAUAUUCUGCGAAAAUGUAUUCGCCGGUCGCUGACGACACAAUCUGUUAACGGAUUGUGUGCUGUAAUCAACAAUGCUGCUUCCUGUUUAUACAAUUUUAUAAACGCAUUAAAAAUUCCACUUAAAAAUGGAUAUCCUUCCGGCUAUACAGAUUUGGCUUAUAGUGCCAUCCAAAUUGCAGUUCAGCAUGGAAAAUUGCAAUCAAACGACAGCGAAAAAGCACGCAGUAACUUUAUUAAUCGCCUAAAUAAUGCAGAUAUGUCAACGGAAUACCUCGAAACUUUGUGGGAAACAAUCGAGCAGGAUAUUAAAAGUUCCUUUCCAUCAAUAUCAGCUACUGAGCGGCGGAUAGUAGAUAGUUGCAUUUCUGAAUUGAGAACUGUAAGGGAUACCUUAAAAGCCUGUGUGAAUUUUGGUAUGACUCAAUUGAGAUCGAGCGCAAUUAAACCGCGCUUGAAUCCCUGGGUUGAUCAAUUUCUUAACCACAGUCACAUUUUAUCCGAAGAAGAAUUGGCCGAUUACGAAGCUGGUGAAACCUUUAUCCAAACGCUUAUUGUGCAACUCGAUGGUUUCUUAAGUCAAUUCAAAAAUGCACUAACUCCACGGAAUUUCGAUGCUUUCGUAAGCAUUUUGGCGUCAGACACAACUUCGAGGCUGGAAAGAGCAAUAAAGAAAACGUCAUUCAAUCGUCUGGGUGGUCUUAUUCUCGACCAGGAAAUUCGUGCACUCAGUUCAUAUUUAACUGGAGUUACGUCAUGGUCUGUGCGCGACAAAAUGACACGUCUAACACAGAUAGCAACAAUAUUAAAUUUGGAAAAGGUGGAUGAAUUUUCAGAUUACUGGAGCCCUGAAAAUGAAAAUGAGACCCCUUCAUGGCGCUUAACACCCCAAGAAAUUAGGAUGCUCUUGGCACUACGUACAGAUUUUCGCAUGGAUGACAUAAAGUGUGUAAAGUUAUAAGUAUUUGAUAAGAGUAAAUACCAAAAUAUAAAAACUAGAAAUAUACAUACAUUUUUGUAUAUCAGUGCAAUAAUUUUAAAACAUUCACAAUAUGUUAAUCGGAAAUAUACAACAUUAUUUACUUCUUUAAUGGAAAUACAAACAUAAAACAUGUUAGUUAGCAAUACAUUUUACGAGUGUAGUUAUAUUUAAUAUGAAUAUAUUCGUUAAUAUUGGUUACAAAUUUAGAUACGGAAUAUAUUACAAUAAAAUUGCUUAUUAGCUCACAUCAUAAUUCACUUUCCUCCAAUUUCGAAGUUCAAAUCAAGACGCGCUGAAAGUUUGGUGCUAUCUGUAUCCAAAGUGUUUUUGGUACGAACCACUUUAACUCCACCAUUAACCGUUGUCUUACUAUCAGCACUGCGCCAAAGGUUUGCUAAUGCCUCUAGUGUAAUGUCCGUUUUGUGCUGAUUAUCGUGAUCAGCGGAUAAUAUUAAAUCAAGCUGACGAUGAAAUCGUUCAAAGUAAUUCUCUGGAUUGGAUUUUUCUUCUGAUAACAUCCGCUGCAAGGCUGCACAGCGCAACAAAAUUAAAAUAUGAAUAAACACAAUAGAUAAUCUCAUAUUUGUCAAAAAUUGCUUAGUGGCUUAUGUGAAGAAAAAGUUAAAAAAUCGACACCAAAAACCCUAUUUAGAACAGCUUAUCGGCGCACUGAUAACAG